CUUGGUUAGGGGGAAGGAAAAGUUUGCAGCUCUUUGGUGAAGAUCUGUGAUGAGAGCUCGAGAGCGCUGCUGGUCCAUCAUGUCCUCCGCCGUGUUUCUGCUCGCUCUGCUCCUGGUUCUGUCCGUUUCGGAACCGGGCUCGUGUGAAGCGGAGCUCGGCGGUGUUCUGGAGCCGUACGACCUGCUGUUCGACAACGCCGUGGAAGCGUACUACAAGCAGGACUGGCUCUCGGUCAUCCUGAACAUGGAGCGCGCGCUGAGGAACAAGGGCACGGUGCGCAAAGUGAAGGCUCAGUGCCGCUUAUUCUGCGCCAACCUCACCGCCUUCCAGCACUCCGAGCCCGGCUCUCCCGUUCCGCUUCCCGGCGCCGGUCCCGUCCAGGACCUGGGGUUUUUCCAGCGCGUGCUGAAGCGGGCCGAGUGCGUGAACCGGUGCGAGGUGGAGAAACUCGGGCCACCGUCUGUGCACAAAGUCAGUGACGAGGUGGAGCUCGAGUUCAAGAAGAGGACUCCGUAUAAUUACCUGCAAGUGGCUUAUUUUAAGAUAAACAAGCUCGACAAAGCCGUGGCUGCUGCGAACACGUUCUACAUAGCGAACCCGGACCACGUGGAGAUGAGACAGAACCUGGAGUACUACAGCCUGAUGGCCGGCGUGCAGGAGACGGACUUUAAAGACCUCGAGGCCAGACCGCACAUGGCUGAGUUUCUGGAAGGGAAGCGGCUGUACAGCGCGGACGAUUUUCUCUCCUCCAUCGGACACUUCGAGCCGGCGAUCGAGGAGUACUUCACUGCCGACGCCGAGUGCCGGGCGCUGUGCGAGGGCGUGUACGACUACGACGGAUACAACUACAUGGAGUACAACGCUGACCUCUUUCAAUCCAUCACAGAUCACUACCUAUAUGUUCUGAACUGUAAGCAGAACUGCGCCGUGGAGCUGGCGUCCACCCCUGGAAGAGAACAACCGUUCGAAGACUUCCUGCCGUCACAUUUUAACUACCUCCAGUUUUCCUACUAUAACAGCGAGCAAUAUGAGAAGGCCAUCGAAUGUGCUAAAACCUUCCUCCUCUUCCGCCCUGACGACGAGGUGAUGAAGCAGAACUUGGCGUAUUACUCGGCCGUGCUGGGAGAAGAAAAAGCUGCUGCUAUUCCGGCCAGAGAGAUUGUUCAGCAGUAUAUCAAGAAUUCCUUGCUGGAGAAAGAGCUCUUAUAUUUUGGAUAUGAAAUAUUCGGAAUCACAUUUGUUGAUCCGGACAUGUGGACGCCGGAAGAAAUCAUGCCUAAGAAACUCAGGGACAAGCAAAAGGCUGAUCGAGAGACAGCGGCUCGGAUCACAGAGGAGAUCGGCAAUCUCAUGAAGGAAAUCGAGACGCUAGUGGAGGAGAAGACCAAGGAAUCAUCGGACAUCGCCAAGAUGGUUAAUGAUGGAGUGAGUAAAUCGACACCUACUCCAGAUGGCAGCUUGGUGUUCGAUGGCAUCACCGUCAGCAUGACGUCCAAAGUUCUGAACGGUUCACAGCGAGUCGUGCUGGACGGAGUCAUCACCGAAGACGAAUGUCGGGAUUUACACCGGCUUUCAAAUACAGCGGCGCAGAAAGGCGACGGCUACAGAGGAAGGCCGAGUCCUCACUCACCCAGCGAGAUGUUCCAGGGGGUCACUAUUCUCAAAGCUCUUAAGCUCGGUCAGGAAGGUGUGCUUCCUCUGAAGAGCGCUCGUCUGUUUUUCGACAUCAGUGAGAAAGUGCGCAAAGUGGUGGAGUCGUACUUCAGUCUCCAGUCUCCUCUGUACUUCUCCUACUCGCACCUGGUCUGCCGCUCCGCCAUCGAGGAGAAACAAGAAGAACGAGAUGACCUGAGCCACCCUGUACACGUCGACAACUGUCUCCUGAUCUCCGAACUGAACGAGUGUAUCAAAGAGCCGCCAGCGUACACACACCGAGACUACAGCGCUAUUCUCUACCUCAAUGACGACUUUGAAGGAGGAGAUUUCAUCUUCACAGAGCUUGAUGCCAAAACCAUCACAGCGGUGGUGAAGCCUCAGUGCGGUCGCAUCGUGGCGUUCGGUGCCGGUAAGGAGAACCCUCAUGGAGUCAGAGCCUUGACGAAAGGUCAGAGGUGUGCGGUGGCUCUGUGGUUCACUCUGGAUCCUCGACACAAUGAAAAGGAGCGAAUUCAGGCAGAAGAGCUGUUAAAAAUGCUCUCCAGCCCACUGGAUGCAGAGUUCCAGAAAACGGAGGAGGACAGCAGUCAAGAGACAGCGUCAGAGAAGGACAGCGUGAUGCCCGAUGGAGGAAAAACAGCCACGACAGAAGAGAUGAAAACACCCGCGGAAGAGCAAGCAAGCAAAACGGCAGAGGAAAAGACAGACACGAAAGCUGACACAAAGACGGAAAGCAAAGACAAACCGCCAAAAGCCACGGCUCCAGAAAAAGCAAAGGCUAAAACGGCGACAAAAGCCAAAGCCAAACCAGCAGGAAAAGCAAAGACGAAAACAAAAGAGGCAGAAAAAAUGGCGGCCAAAACAGCAGACAAAAAGGAAAAGCCAGCUGCCAAGAAGACAGUAAAAGCAUCGUCCAAAAAGACAGAAAGCAAACAGCCUAAAGCAAAAAGCUCAAAGUCAGACUCUCAAAAGAAAAAGGAGGAAUUAUGAGCAUUGGUGCAAAUCUUUUUUUGUUUGUUUGUUUUAAGAUUGCCGUUUUAUACUUUUUAAUAUGUUAAUAUCUGAUUUUUUUGUGAAAUUCUUUGACAGCAAAUGACAAUCUGAGUAGAUUUUUUUAAGUUUUUUUUUUUUUUUUGCUAACUUUUUUAACACUACAAAAAAAAAAUCAUUUCAGGACCCAAGAAAAGCAGCAACAAAAUAUUACUGAUAAUUCACACCAAAACUAUGAGCCAUCAGUGAAAUAAA